AUGUCGACGGCCACGCCAGCAUCACCCUCGGUGGUUCGCAACCAGUCGACCCGGAGAGCGCCCCCUCAUGCCAGUCCUGCUGAUCGCCCCCAUCGCUCGCAGAGCACCACAUCACGGCCCAGCACACAAUCGCACGCCCGCCAGCAGCAGGGCCUCAACAACGUCGCCGCCCGAGACUGGGAGCAGACCAACGUCGCAAACGAGGGCGUCCGUCGCAGCGAGUCCAGAGACCGUCCCGCCCCUACACCCGCCCGCACCGAGUCGAGCAGGAGGAGCCACGCGCGGUAUGCAUCAGACGCGUCCACCGUGUCCGCCAUGCCUGCCAACGGAGUAGCCGCGGCACAGCCCGCCAGCACAAAGCGGAGGACCACCAUCACCGCGCCGAGCACAGGAACAUGGACGCUGGGAAAGACAAUUGGCGCCGGCAGCAUGGGCAAGGUCAAGCUGGCGAAGCACUUGGAGACUGGCGAGCAGAGGCUGCAUGGCACCUUUGGAGCGACAGAGAGUCAGAAGCUUCACUUCGACAACAAUGCUAACUCGACGCAGGUGGCCGUCAAGAUCAUACCCCGAUUUUCGCAGGACCAGCACCAGAGCGCCGCCGACCGCGAACGUGCCGACCACUCCAAAGAAGUACGAACCGCUCGAGAGGCUGCCAUUGUCAGCUUGCUCAACCACCCCUACAUCUGUGGCAUGAGGGACGUGGUGCGAACGAAUUACCACUGGUACAUGCUGUUCGAGUUUGUGAACGGCGGCCAAAUGCUGGACUACAUCAUCUCGCACGGCCGGCUGAAGGAGAAGCAAGCUCGCAAGUUUGCACGCCAAAUCGCGAGUGCUCUAGACUAUUGCCAUCGCAACAGCAUUGUCCAUCGUGAUUUGAAGAUUGAGAACAUCCUGAUCAGCAAGACUGGCGACAUCAAGAUCAUCGACUUCGGAUUGAGCAACCUGUUUUCGCCUAGGAGCCAGCUGAAGACCUUCUGCGGAAGUCUCUACUUUGCUGCGCCUGAACUGCUACAGGCAAAGCAAUACACUGGGCCCGAGGUCGAUGUCUGGAGUUUUGGCAUCGUUCUUUACGUGCUGGUCUGUGGGAAAGUGCCUUUCGAUGACCAGAGCAUGCCACAACUGCACGCGAAGAUCAAGAAAGGAAUGCUGCAAACCGACCCUACCCAGCGCUUGACUUUGACAGAGAUCAUGAACCAUCCAUGGAUAACGAAGGGCUUCAAUAGCCCACCCGAGAAUUACCUGCCUCAGCGUGAACCUGUCCAGCUGCCCCUGGACAUGGAGAUUGUCGAGAAGAUGAACGGCUUCGAUUUCGGCACAGUAGAGUACAUCUCUGCCCAGCUAACCAAUGUUCUCCAGUCUGACGAGUAUCAACGAGCUGUACGAUUAGCAGCUCGGAGAACCACCGCACACACACCUGACACUGAAAAGAAACGGGGCAUGUUUGACUUCUACAAGAGACGCAACUCAAUUUCUAGCAGAGAACAGUUGACAGCGUCUUCAUCAGAGGACAUCCAGCGUGGUCUCGACCCAGUCAACGCAUACAGCCCUCUUCUGUCGGUCUACUUCCUCGUCAAAGAGAAGCGAGACCGCGAAUUACAAGAGGCAAAUCCAGGAGCUGUCGCCGUGCCGGUGAGCCCGGGCGAAAAGCCGCUGAAGAUGCCGGAUCUGCCAGCCCCACCAGCGGCGUACACCAACACGUCUACUUUCGAGAUGGCGGGUGAGAAGCCCACUGGUGGACGAUCGCGACCUCGAGCGCGAACACACGGCGAAGACGAAGUGACAGAUAGCCUGAAGAAGAUCGACCUCAAUAAGCCACCGGGCUCGGUGUCUCCAGCGGUUCUUUCACCGCAAGUUGAGCAUCCGAAGAAAGAAGGCGCAGCUGCUGGCCUGCUGCGACGUUUCAGCACUCGAAAACACCGGGGCCAUGAUCGAUCAGAACACCCACCUCCACCAGCCGUUGCAGUGUCUGGGCCGCCAGAGCCAGCUACAGUUCCCAGGAAAAGCUUCAGUAUUCGGAGACCAAGGGAGAGGGACACCGGAUCGUCUCCACAUUUGCAAGCGGGCGCUACCAACCAGCCAGAGCUUCUUUCGCCACCACACAGCAGCAAUAGCGCUGCUCGCAAGUUCAAAUCCCUUGGUCGCUCUACGAGUGUCAAUUCAGCAGAUCUGAGGAGGCGUCUCAGUCGACGGGGGCGUUCAUCGGAGGACCCAGGGAAUCCACCGCCCACAAGCGGAUCCGAUAGGUCCGACCUCAGUGCGCAGAAAGGGAGGACACUAAACGAUGCUGCUUCGGACGAUCUGUCCGCAAGUUCGCGGCCAGUGACAGCCUCACGCGCAAAGUCGCUUGGACAUGCACGGAGAGAGAGCAUCCAAGCCCGCAGAGCUCGCAGAGAGCAUGCCAAGGAAGCCAACGUUCCCGAGGAAACCGAUGCAGAGCUUGCACAAGCACAGGUAGAGGCCAAUCGCAGCCCAGAAGUGAAGCCUGUCUUGUUGAAAGGUCUGUUCAGUGUCUCGACGACCAGCAGCAAGCCUUUGUCCUACAUUCAAAGCGACAUCAUUAGAGUGUUGGAUCGGCUCGGCAUUCAGUGGGAAGAGACCAAAGGCGGGUUCAGCUGUCGACAUACCCCAAGCAUCGACCUCCACCAGAGUGUCGAUUCACCAGCCUCUCCACCAAGCGGAAGCCGAAGGAGAAUCAGCUUCGGCGGUUUCAGAGGAGCUGAAAAAGACCGUGACGAAUUCCGAGAUCAAAACCGCGUUCCCCAUACUCCAAAAUCCCGGCAGCGCCCGUCUGCUGCAGACCGUAGCUACACGAAUACCGACGAGUCAGAUGCAAGCGACGAUCGGGACGACAGGCGGCCACGGUCUGGUCGUCCAGUAGCAGCUGGCGAAACAACAACACACGUUCAAAACGACAUGGGUGGAAAUAUGUACCUAGACUUCGAUAUUCUAAUUGUCAAAGUACCGCUGUUCUCGCUACACGGUAUUCAGUUCAAGAAGGUGGAUGGAGGGACAUGGCAAUACAAGAACAUGGCCCAGGCUAUCCUGCAGGAACUUCGGCUGUAG